AUGGCAACUGGCGUGACCAAGGAAUUCGACCGCGGUGGACCACAGUCCGAUGUCAAAGAACGAUUCUAUAAGUACUUCCAGGAAGCUUGCAUAGAAAUUCAAGAACAGAUCGGGCAGCUAGAGUCGCAUGCUAUAGUUGGUGGUGAGAGAAAAGAUGCAGUGGAUCAUCUCAACGCCCGAAUAUCUAGGCUGUCGGACGAUGUCGCAGAUUUAACAGGUUUCGUACCUCCAUAUGACCAACGGAUCUAUUCACAGGCUAUCAAGGGACUUGUGGAGAAACUCCAAGAAACUCGUGCAAAAUUUGAUCCUAAACCGAAAUUUGCGUUCAAAACUUCACAGAAAAAUGGUUCUGCAGUGUCCAUUGGCGACGCAGCAGAGCUUGCCAGUCAACAAAAUCGAUUGAAAACCAAGUUUUUGUCUUCUAAUGACUCGUCCAUGGCCACAACACCAGCCAGCCUCCAGACACCACCUGGCGAACCCAGAGAUGUAGUGGGAGAACUGCCUGCAUUUUCAAAGAAUUACAACCAAGAAUUGGGAGCAGCUGGCCCUGGUGGACCAAUAAGGAAGCCCAGCUUUUCCCAAGCUUCCAAUGUUAAUAUAUCUGGCCACACUGGACUCCAUAUCAUCCUACCAUCUUCAGCAUCACGUGCGACUGCUUCAGGUAGCUUGACGGCAUUGAAGAGAUGUAUAGUAGAUAUGUCUGUUCCUACAGCUAAUGGAGCUCCUUUCGCCGGCUUGGCUUUGAAGAAUAUCAGGCAAUCCCUAAUCAUAGCUGGUAAUGUUGCUGGAGCGGCACAUAUUACCAACGUCGUGGAUAGUAUCAUUGUGGUCAAUUCGCGGCAGGUUCGGAUGCAUGAUUGCAAAAAUGUAGAUAUUUAUCUUCAAUGCACCAGUCGGCCAAUUAUUGAAGACUGUUCCAAUGUUCGAUUCUCUCCUAUCCCCAAAAGCCAGGGAGACAGUACAGUGGAAUCGACGAACCAGUGGGAUCAAGUUGAUGACUUUAAAUGGCUCAAAAUGGAACAUAGCCCUAAUUGGAGUGUUUUGCCAGAGGAAAAAAGACUCGGAGAAAAUAUUUGGACAGAUGUCGUUCCGGGCGGACCAGGCGUUGGUCUUGAGGAUAUCUUAAAAAAGAUCGGAAUUAAUGCUUAUUAA